UUCAGUGAGACAUGAUGGCGUCGAAAGCAGUGCCGGUAAAGAAGAUCGCCAUGAUCAUCUGGGCUUUUGGUGCGGUGAUAUCGGUGGCCGCCGAACAGCUGGUACACAGUAACAGCCUCACCGUGGAAGAUAUGGAUGUGAUAGCACAUGGCAUGCGUCAGAAUUGCCUUUCGCGCCACAACAUUACUGAAGAUAUGGCCAACAAUCCCCGUCGUGGUGUGUUUCCCGAGGACAGAGAGUUCAAGUGCUACAUUGCCUGCCUAAUGGACCUCACGCAAACGUCGAGACGAGGAAAGCUCAACUACGAUGCGGCCGUCCGGCAGAUAAAUAUGCUACCCAGCGAGUACAGGGAACCGUUUCGGGUCGGACUUAAUGCAUGCCGUAACGCGGCCGAUAACGUUGACGACAGAUGUGAGGUCGCCUAUCUGCUGCUAAAGUGUUUCUUCGCGGCCAGCCCGAAAUUCUUUUUCCCCUGAGCUGUAUGUGCAAGGGAGCCAUACGGGGGGGUUUUGUCGAAUGAGUUACUGCAGGAUAUUGUUGCGUAUAUCUAUUCCCCAACAUUAAAUAAAUAGCGUUGCAAAUUAGCAUCGGAAACCUAAUUUUUCUGAAUUAACGAAGCGGUGAAAUUUGGCGCGAAGAAUUCUCCUGUUCCGUAAUAUAGAUACGUGAAGAUGUGGACAAGAAAUUAUACUGCCCUUCUACUGCUAGUAGCCGAAAAGGGCAAACACUGGUC